AUGUUUGCGAGGCGGCGUGUAACUGAUCUCUUUAACAAUGUGGAACUGCAGAUCACUGAUUUCAAUUUUGAUGAAAUUAUUGAUCAUUUUCGACCAUGUGCUGUAGAUCCUGAGAGAAGAGAUGCUUUCACUUCAUACCAUGGAAAUGGCGAUAUACGACGUUUAACUACUAAGGAAUACUAUCAUGCUAGUGGCAGUAGCAGAUGUAUGAGGUUUGAAGAUAAUUGUAAGCGGCAAGCCGGUAUAAAGGAAAUCGAAGCCAAUACUCCUACAGCAAAAGUUACGAAUGAUCAACAUUAUUUGGAGCGAAUUAUUUAUAUGCAAAAUAGCUUAAAUCGUUUAUUCGACUUCUAUGGUUUUCGGGUCGCAGAAUUCAAUUAG